AUGUCUGCAAAUGAACAUCCUGAAAAAGAGUUGUCAACCCCCCAUGUCGAUUACAGCGACGAAGAGAAGACGGUCAAAGACAACUCAAUAAGCCCGUCGGUAUUAACUGCGGUAUCCGAAGAGAAAUUGGACGGUGAACCCGGCGCCAGUGUUGCAAGGCUUGCAAGACAAUUCACCAAGGAAUCCAUCAACCAGCUAGACCCAAACUCCCCAGAUUUUAGUCCGAUAAAAUGGGUAAAGACUUGUCUUCAGGCGUCGGCUCGUGAUCCAGAGAAGUACCCUUUGCGAUCGUCCGGCAUUGCUCAUCGCAACCUAAACGCUUGGGGGGUUGGGUUGGAUGUGAAUUACCAAGCGGACGUUUUCAGCAUCUUCCUACGUGGUGUUGACCUUGUGAGGAGUUGGAUAGGGAGACGCGAGAGAAGAGUCCAAAUCCUUCGAAAUUUUGAUGGUCUAGUGAAAAGUGGUGAAAUGUUGCUGGUGCUUGGUCGCCCGGGAAGUGGUGUGUCAACCUAUCUCAAGACUAUUGCCGGAGAGACAUACGGCUUUCAUGUGAAUCCAGAGUCGCAAUUCAAUUAUCAGGGUAUCCCGUAUGAUAUUAUGCAUUCGCGUUUCCGUGGUGAAGUCAUCUAUCAAGCAGAGACCGAGAUUCAUUUCCCGCAGUUGACCGUUGGUGAAACACUACUCUUUGCAGCAUUGGCCAGAACACCACAAAACAGGUUUCCGGGUGUCACUCGCAAGCGACAUGCUGAGCAUUUAAAAGAUGUGGUUAUGGCAAUGCUUGGCCUGUCUCACACUAUGAACACCAAAGUGGGUAACGACUUCAUCCGAGGUGUUAGCGGAGGCGAACGAAAGCGUGUGAGCAUUGCCGAAGUCAUGCUAAGUCAAAGUCCGUUGCAAUGCUGGGACAAUAGUACGCGGGGACUGGAUAGUGCUACUGCUCUCGAAUUCGUCAAGACUUUAAAACUAGCCACCAACCUAGGGAAUACAACAGCUGUUGUGGCUAUUUACCAAGCUUCUCAAGCAGCUUAUGAUAUUUUUGACAAGGUCACUGUGCUCUACGAAGGAAGACAAAUUUACUUCGGUCCUGCCAAUUCUGCUAAAAAGUACUUCAUCAACAUGGGCUAUCAUUGCCCAGACCGACAGACGACCGCGGAUUUUCUUACAUCAUUGACAAACCCGGAGGAGCGUAUCGUUCGGCCAGGCUUCGAGAACAAGUUACCAAGAACUGCGCCAGAAUUUGAAGCCGCCUGGUUGAAGAGUCCGGAGAGAGCACAAUUGCUAGCAGAGAUUGCUUCCUUUGAGAAGGAAUUUCCAUUGAAGGGACAACAUUUUGAACAACUAAAGAUGGCUCGAAAAGUUCAACAGGCUCCAUUGUUGAGCGCCAAAUCUCCGUAUACAAUCUCAGUGCCGAUGCAGAUCAGCCUUUGCAUCACACGCGGCUUCCAAAGGCUUCGAGGUGAUUUAACGUUUUUCUUCGCUACGAUUUUUGGGAAUUUGUUUAUCUCGCUCGUUCUCGGAAGCGUUUUUUACAACCUUCCCCCAACGAGCGACAGUGUGAACAACCGAUGCAUCUUAUUGUUCUUUGUUAUCCUUUUCAAUGCCUUGAGCAGCUCUCUUGAAGUUCUUACACUCUAUGUCCAAAGACCAGUUGUGGAAAAGCAUGCCAAAUACGCUCUUUAUCAUCCUUUCUCCGAAGCCGCCGCAUCGAUGAUAUGUGAUCUGCCCUGCAAAAUAAUCUCGACUGUAUGCUUCAAUGUUCCGGUUUAUUUCAUGUCAGAUUUACGGCGUGAAGCAGGGGCAUUUUUCACUUUUCUUCUUCUCAGUUUUACGUGCACCCUGACCAUGUCGUCGAUUUUCCGCACAAUCGGACAAUCAUCGCGAACUAUUGCUCAAGCGCUCACCCCGGCGGCUAUAUUCGUCAUAAUUCUUAUAGUCUAUACUGGAUUUGUCCUUCCAACAUCCGUUAUGCAAGGCUGGUUACGGUGGAUUAAUUACCUCGAUCCAAUCGCUUAUGCGUAUGAAAGCCUGCUCGUGAAUGAGUUUCACAACAGACAAUUUGAUUGCCUUCAGUUUAUCCCAAUGGGCCCUGGUUAUGAGAACUUGACGAAAAACGAGAAAAUCUGCGCAACUCCCGGAGGUCUUCCAGGGCAGAGUUUUGUGAAUGGUGAUUUGUACAUCGACGGUAGUUUCGGAUACAAGCAUUCGCAUUUAUGGAGGAAUUUCGGAAUUCUGGUUGCGUACAUUUUCUUCUUCACAGUUGUAUACUUCCUCGCUGCCGAGUAUAUUCCUUCCAGUCGCUCUAAGGGAGAGAUCCUCGUUUUCCGUCAUGGGAAAAAUGCCGCCCCAAAGGGUAUUGCGCAGCCAGACGAUAUAGAGAACGCAAGUUAUAGUCGUGUAUCUUACGGUGUAAUUCAGCGGCACGAAGACAAGGAGAAUAGUGCCACAAUUCAAAAACAGACUGCCGUAUUCCAUUGGAGAGAUGUGUGCUACGAUGUUCAAAUUAAAGGUGAAACUAGGAGGAUUCUCGAUCACGUCGACGGUUGGGUGAAGCCAGGUACUUUAACAGCGCUGAUGGGUGCAACCGGUGCUGGGAAAACGACCCUUCUAAAUGUUCUCGCAAGCCGUAUCACAGUUGGUGUUGUUACUGGGAACGUAUUCGUAAAUGGCUUGCCGCGAGAUAAAUCGUUCCAACGAAAGACGGGAUACGUGCAACAGCAAGACGUUCAUCUUGAGGUUUCAACUGUUCGGGAGGCGCUUGAAUUCAGUGCUCUCUUACGUCAACCCCCAAAGUACACUAGAGAAGAAAAACUAGCGUAUGUGGAUGAAGUCGUUAAGCUUCUUGAUAUGGAAGCUUAUGUGGAUGCUAUUGUUGGUGUUGUUGGCGAAGGACUCAAUGUGGAACAACGGAAACGUCUCAGCAUUGGUGUUGAGCUCGCUGCCAGACCCGAGUUACUUCUAUUCCUAGACGAGCCAACAUCCGGUCUUGAUAGUCAGACAGCAUGGUCAGUCACCUCGCUAAUUAAAAAGCUUUCUGAUAACGGGCAAGCAAUUCUAUGCACCAUUCAUCAACCAUCUGCCAUGCUAUUUCAACAGUUUGAUCGCCUACUUUUACUCGCGAAAGGGGGUAAAACGGUGUAUUUCGGCGAUAUUGGUGAGAAUUCGAAGGACUUAGUUGGAUAUUUUGAGAAAUACGGCUCGCACCCAUGCGGAAAAGAUGAAAACCCGGCGGAAUGGAUGCUAAGAGUAAUUGGUGCGGCACCUGGCGCUGUAGCUGAGCAAGACUGGGCGAAUACAUGGCGCACUAGCACCGAAUGCGCUGAAAUUCACAGAGAGCUCUCCAUGCUGGAAGAGGAGCGACUGUCGGAGGGGUCACAAGAAGAACCGGCACCAAAUGACGAGACAUCUCAGUCAACAGCGUAUGCAGCAAGCUUGUAUGACCAGCUCGUCUUGUGUACUAAGCGAGUGUUUGAACAAUACUGGAGGACUCCGUCAUAUAUCUAUUCGAAAUUGAUCCUAUGUUUCGGGACCAGCUUGAUCAUUGGUGUCUCGUUUUACAAAGCCGAGAACACAGUGCAGGGCUUGCAAGAUCAGAUGUUCGCCAUCUUCAUGCUGAUUGUGAUAUUCGCCUUUCUCGUCUACCAGAUCAUGCCCAACUUCAUUCUGCAGCGCGACUUGUAUGAAGUUCGUGAGCGUCCCUCCAAGACGUAUGCAUGGUAUGUAUUCAUGCUCUCGAACAUCAUUGUCGAGCUGCCUUGGAACACGCUCGCUGCUCUGUUGAUCUAUUUCCCCUUUUAUUAUCUGGUGGGUUUGUACCGGAAUGCUGAACCAACGGACGCUGUUCAUCAACGCGGCGGCUUGAUGUUUCUUUUGACUUGGUCUUUCAUGAUGAUGGCUGGAACCUUUUCCCAUAUGAUUGUUGCUGGUCUUCCGACGGCGGAGGUAGGGGCGGUUAUUGCCCUGGUUCUUUUUGCCUUCAGCCUGAUAUUUUGUGGUGUCUUAGCAACUCCUGCUGCAUUACCCGGAUUCUGGAUAUUCAUGUACCGCGUGUCUCCAUUUACAUAUCUCAUAAGCGGGCUCCUCUCAACGAGUCUAGCCAACGCUGACGUCCAAUGUGCCUCCUUCGAAAUCCGUACCAUCCUACAACCACCAUCCGGAGAAACCUGUGGACAGUACUUGGCGGAAUACAUGAGCUUCGCAGGCGGUGCCGUCUACAACCCGGAUGCAACCGAAAACUGCCAGUUCUGUAGUCUUGCGAACACAGAUGAAUUCCUCGCCUCGGUUGAUGUGUUUUUUAGCGAUGCGUGGCGAAAUUACGGUUUAAUGUGGGUGUAUAUCAUUUUCAAUGUGAUUGCGGCGGUGGGACUGUAUUGGGUUUUGAGAGUGCCUAAGAAUGGGAACACUAUGCUCUCGGACGUUAAUCACAUUUUGACUGAGUUGUCAAGAUGGUCUCUAGAACUGGGUGGUUGCAAGCCGCCAAGAAUCACCAAUGCUAAUCCGUAG